AUGGCCCGCCAACGCGUACACGAUGACCCAUGCAACUCACAAGUCAUCGACAACCUGUACGACACAGACGCAUCUUUCUUCGCAGUAAGGGAUGCGGAUACUGACAACCUCCUUGAUAUAGACGAGGAUGUAUCCAGCUCAGAGAGCGGCGCGACGGACUUAGAGGACUUUAGUGACAACGAUUCUAACAUUACGGAUCAAGUCCACCUCUUUGUAGGGAAUGUUCAUCCGCUGGAUUACUACCAGAAGGCGCUACGAGAGUUCAACGAGAGUGCUUCUAACGGCGGAGAUUACAGUCCUGGAAGCACAGUGCUACUUGACGUAAUCGAGAAGCAGUGGCGGACGUUCUGCACCGACGUAGUGGGACGGGAUCCCAAGACUUGCUUUGAGUCUAUUGAUAUCCGUCUCCUCUACAACUUUUUCGAUUGGUCCUUGAACCAAAUGGUUGGUAAGAAUGGACAGAAAAAAAGGGGAACGAAGAAGAGCAGUUCACUAAGAACAAAUUGGAAGGUCUUUCGUCUUGUGUAUGAGACGGCUAUGGGUGCGAAGCUUGAUCCAAAAUUGAAUCGCAACAUGCAUAAGGUCUUGAGAUCACUAGCAAAGAAGUACAAAUUGAGCGACCAAAAGAGGGAAAACCGCUCUAUGACCAUUGACGACCUCAAAGCGCAGAUUGAGACGACACUGAGCACGACGAGGAAGUCGUUUGGCCUUGCGCGAGACCCCGACGGCGGGCCACACAAGCUUUUGAUCAAGUUUACUCUCGAGUUUAUUAAGACGUACCUUGGGACAAAAGAUGCUAAGACCUUCACGAUCCCCGAAACCAUAUUUGAUCCAUCUUUGUUUCUCAGCCCUUAUGUCUUCCUUCUUGGCAUCUUGUUCCAACAUCAAGCUUUCUGGGCUCCUAGUCUUGUCUCUCCUCGCCAUCUAGACGAUCUUGAUAUCUACCCCGGCGAGAAUGAGUUGCCUUUGCCACUCAGAGACGACCUCAAAGGCGUAUACAUAUUCCGCCGAGCCAUUACAACCUCUAUCGAGCUACAGAUAUCACCGGCAGAACCCAUCACCUAUGAAAUGAUGCCAGGAUGA